AACUCCAACUAACUUGCGGUUGUUUUCCGGUCUCUGUUGCUAGGCGCCAGCGGAAGCUGAGGAUUUUGAACGUCGUUGAUUUUUCUUGACGAGACGGACUGGAAAAAUCAGAUUCAGUGUUGAUUGAUUAACAUACUUUGGGGUCUCUGUCAUACUGUUUGACAGUGAGAAUUUUAUGAGAUAUGGCUGAAACGGAAACGACACCAGUCAGGCAACCAGAACCAAUCAUAAUAAGUAUCAAGCAAGCAAGAAAUAUUAGAGGUUCUAAAGGAGAUGUAGUUACAGUGGCAGUAAAGGUGGAAUUUUGUGAGAAACUUCUUGGUGAGUCCCCAAAAGUUGACUGCACAUCAGAUGCACCAGCUGAAUUCAAUUUCAAUGCAACACUCAACUGUACAUUUGAUGAUCCACUUGCUAUUGAUGAAAUAGCACACAGACCAGUUGUCUUGACAUUCGUUGAGAUUCUGCCAAAAGAAAAGAAACAAAAGGAAGAGAAAACAAAUACCUUGGGUCAGUGCUCUGUGGAUCUCCUAUUUUUGCUAAAAGGAGAGACUCACUGCAAACAGACUUUGACCAUCAAUUCAUUACCUGGAUCACCUUUUGAAACAAUCUCCCAGGAAUAUCCUUGUCCUGAGGUUGAUAUUGAGAUAUCUGUCAAUGAACCACUUUUGGAUGAGCACCAGUUACAGGAGGGAAAUCUUGUCACCAUCACUGUGGAGUCCCUCUUCUCUCCACCUGAUACUUGGCAACUGUCAGGCCCGCAGUAUUUCUAUAUUGCUUCACUGCCUAUUCCAACUACUUCUGAGGUGCUAUCUUUACUUGAAGGAGAAGAACCAAGAAAGGAAGCCCCUGUUCUAUUUGUUGGAGGAGCACUGAAGCAAGGAGCAGACAAGGAACUUCCAAACAAGCAGAAGAAAUGGGCAGCACCAGGAACAGCUACUGCUAACAGUGUUUAUAUUCCCAACAGUUUCAUAGCAAGUGAUCCAGUAGAAGAUGAGGAUGGAGAUUUUAAAGACAGUGAGGAUCGUCAUCAUCGUCAUUCAGCAGAGACAGAAAAGCUCAGAGUUGUGUGGAAUAUAGAGCGCAGAUGUUACAUGGAGCCAUUAGCUGUUAAAAUGUUCCAAGAAUCAGUUGCCAAAAUGCGCUUUUGGCCAGUGGAGAUUUUUAGAUUGCCACAACCUUCAAGUGGAAAAGGAAAGAAGGAAGAUGAAGGUACUGUCAGUUUCCAUGGUGUAUCAUUUCUCAACUUUUCACCUCUCCUCUAUCCUGGUGUGAAAAGAAUCCGAGGUGCAUUCAAAGUGCUUCCUUACACUGAUCAUCUUCUAAAUGAAAAGACAAAUCGAAAGUCAGGCAUUUGUGAGGAUGCUUGCAAACUGGCCAUGAACCAGCUUUAUCAGACCAGCAUCUCGCCUGCACCCAAAAAAGCUGGAAAAGAACCUGAAAAGAAAGUAGAGGCCAAAAAAGCGAGGUCCAGUAGUGUUUUGCAAAGCCAUCCCCAAGAUGCAGAGGGUGCUUCAUUGAUAAAGUUAGACUUAGCAUCAGAUGAAGGGCAGAUACCUGUAAAUGUGGAAGGGCAGAUGUAUGCUGAUGCCAAGUCCUACAUCAUGAUAGAAGUAACACUUGCCAAACCUCUUGUACCAAGGCGUGCACCAGAGGAAGUAGCUAGAAGAGUGGCAGAACUUAUUCCACCCCGCCCUGCCUUUCCUAGGAGGACAGAUAAUGCUGAAAAGGCAGUUGAUGACUUCCACCAGCAAACUGCAUCUGUGGCGGCCCUGGUUUUGGAAGAGUUCAGGGAAAUGUUUGGAGAAGAAAUGAAAGCUGAUGGAUCACAGAGCAGUGAAGCCAUGGAGCAGAGGCGCCAGAAGCUUAUGUACCAUCUGAAUUCAUCAGGAAAGUAUUUUGCCUUUAAGGAGCAGUUAAAACAUUCAGUAAUAAAGAUAGUCCGUGAGAAGUAUUUGCGGACGACCAACUUUGAUGACAGACAAGAACUGCAGAGGUUCCUGAGUGAACUGUAUGUCUACCUUGUAGACCAGAUGCACCAGUCCCUAAACAAAGUGCUGCAGAUUGAAGAUCAGCCGCCUGUUCCUCCAUCUCUUACCACCUGACAACUGAAGCAUUUUGCUCAUGAGGCUGAGAUCAACCAGAAGUUUGCUCUGGCUGCUAAAUACUACCAGGAAAUAAUUAUUCGUGAUGAACUCAACGCUGACAGCUGGUUUGACUAUGGCACAUUUUGCCUAUAUGUCAAUGAUGUCAUUAAGGCAGAAGAAUGCUUCAACAAAUGUAUCUCUCUCAAUCAAAAACACCUCUCAGGGCUUAUUCUGUGUGGCAUAGUAAGCACAUUUUCCGAAAAAAAUGAUACAGCUGAGACGUUUUUUGAGGCAGCCACAAAUGUAGAUCCAAAGAGCAUCUUAGCUUGGACAAUACAUGGCUUGUUUUAUGAUGCCAUCAGCAAUGACAUUGGUGCUGAGAUGGCUUACUUAGAGGCUAACAAGUUGAAUGUAGCACAAGCCCGUGCUUUGCUUGAAGCAGAAAUGGAGAAAGAAAAGAAAGAAAAGGAAAAACUAAAAGAAAAGGAGCAGGAGGGCAAGGCAGAAAUUGUUUUGGAUGAAGAAGGUGAAAAAGCUGGGGAGCCUUUUACUGAAGCACAAGAGGCCAGUAGCACUGCAGCUUUAGAAGGCAAGCAGCACCUAGUUGGAGACAUUUCCAAGGAUAAGGUUCAAGCAACAACUGAGCGAAGGCGAGGUGACUCAAAGGGCAAAGUCGCACCAUUAAACAAAAAAAAGAAAGAAAACAUUCAAGCCAAGGCCGAACUGGAGAUUAAGGAAGAGGCAGCUCCUUCUCCUGUCAACCCAGUCCCAGCCGUCAGCAUCUUCAUGCAAGCUGUGGAGUGGCUGUUGAACGUCAAGGCUGUACAUUUUACUGAACUAGCUUUGGCUCAUGAGCUUCUAACAUCUCCUGAGGGGAAAACAUAUGCCUAUUACAUUGCUCUUGCUCAACUGAAGAUACAGACGGAGGAGUACGAGGAAGCAGCAAAUAACCUCAGCGAGGCACUGCAGAUAGAUCACCAGAAUCCAAAUGGCUGGGCUCUAAUGGGACAUGUGAGGUAUCUGAUGGGUGACAGAAAUGCAGCUCAAGAGUGCUAUGAACGCACACUUUCCUUUGUAACAGAUGCUUCUGAUACACACUCCAUUUAUCUCCGCCUGGCCUUCAUUUACCUGCAUAACAAAGAGUUUCAGAAGGCCAAGGAUACCUUCUUGUCAGCCUGCAAGCGAUCUCCAUCGUGUGUUUCCUGGCUAGGUACAGGCAUUGCUUGCUACAGGUUGAAUGAACUGGAGGAGGCAGAAGAUGCACUAAUGGAGGCAAACGUUCUUGAUAAUAAAGACGCAGAAGUGUGGGGUUAUCUUAGCCUCGUCUGUCUGAAGACUGGUCGAAAGGUGGAAGCAGAACAAAGCUAUAAAUAUGCCAUCAAGUUGAAUCUUGAAAACAAGGACCUCUUGGAAGAAAUUCGUGCAGAGCAAGAAAAAGCAGGUUUUGGCAAUCCUGAAUACUAAGUGCUUCAGAUAAGUAGAGAUAACUGUGACCAACACACGACUUGAAUUCAAUAGGGAUUAGCACCAGGAAAUAAAGAUUCUAAAGAGUCUUGAGUUAAACAGAAAAAAGAGCAUAUAUUGCCUGACAACCAUCAUUUUAGGGUUUGUGCUGCUUGGUGCAAGAUGAGUUUCAUCUUUUAAUAUUCCUGGUAUCAUAUUAUCUGUUUAACAACAGAUAAUUUAUUUAAACAGUAUAGUAAGGUAAGGUUUGUCCCCUGUCAGGUGUCAGCUAGUGGGUCGACAGAGGGAAGUUUGCAGCACUACAGGUGUAUCAACCGGCAUGCUUUUCAGUUUGGACACCUAACCACUAUCUACUUCCCCCAAGCAUUAAAAUAAUUAAGAUACUGAUGAUGAUAUCCUAACUUUGUAUUGGACUGUCAGAUCCCCUAAAGCGCUAUUUUUGAAAGACAAUGGAAGGAACUAAAUAAAUGAAUAAUGAAGAAUAAAGUUUUUUGAUAUGUGGUAAAUUACAGUAUUAUAACCUGUGAUAAGUAAAAUUUUAUGACACUCAGAUGUCGUUAAUGUUUAUUUAUUUUUAAUCUAAAUCAGUUUGUGGAUAAAUUUUCACUCUUACUUGGACGGACUUUGUAAAUAGCAUUCUGAUAUUCUUUCUUUAACCAACAUUUUUAUUUAUUGCACAGUGGAUUAAUAAAAUAAUAAUGAAA